AUGUUUCAAAUUUGCCUAAAUACAACAAAAGAAAAUAAUCAACAUAUAAAAAAAAAAUAUGAACAAACUAGCCAAUCCUAUAUACAUAAUAAUUUACCAAUGAUAAAUGAAAAUACAAACUCGUUGGAUAGUUCUCUCCCUAAUCUUAUCCUAUCGAAGAUCUCAACAUGUGCUAAAAAAAUAAACUGCUAUUCAAAUAAUUCAUUUUUUGAACUAAAUAAAAAGAAUGAAAAUAACAAAAUUUAUAACGAUCAUUUUUCAUGUCCUACAAAAAAUUAUUACUGUUCUUUAAUCAAAAUAAAAUCAAAUAAUUUUCAUCCCUUUAAAAAUGUGUGCAGCCAAAAUUGUAGUAAAAAAAUAUGUUGUAAUAUUUAUAAUUUAAUAAAAAUUAAAUCAAUAAAAUCCAAAUUAUUCAAAUUAGACAAAAACAAAAUUAAUUGUUUUAAGAAAAAAAGAGAAAAAAUAAAAAAAUUAUACUUUUACAAAAAAAAUAAACUAAUACAACAUGAGAAAAAACAUAGCAAUUAUUUCUCUUGUACUAAUUUUAAAAAAACAAGUAGCACUAAAUAUUAUUUUCCUUUAGAUGAUAAAAACGACAAAAAUGAUAGAAUAAAAUAUAAUGACCAUUUCCAACUAUUUGAAUAUAAUAAAUCAGAAGAAAUAGAUAAAAAAAAAUAUAUAAAGUCUAUAUCACUUUCAAUUAAAAAACAAAAAAAAAAAGUAUAUUUGUUAGAGAAAAAUGCAUGCCGACUUUUAGACAUUAUAGAACUUUUAUUAUAUACAAGAAUGGAUGAAAUAUUUACUUUAAAACAAAAUCUAUCAAACCAUGAUAAAUAUAAAGAAAUGUAUCCCGAUGUUUUCUAUUUUGACAAUAAUGAUGACCUUAUUGAAGUAUUAGAUAAAAAGUUAAAAUUUUUACCUAAGAUUCCAGCUAUCAAAAAUUUAGUGCCUUAUUUUGGACCUACCCCUGAAAGUAUAUUUGGAAAAUAUUAUUCCUCAUAUAAAUAUUAUUACAAACUAAUUGACAUUAAAUUUAAAAUUUAUAAAGUUCCUAAUUUAUUUAUUCACCCCAUAUGCUGUGGGGAAAGUAUAUCAUUUAAUAGUUAUGAACAGAAUAGCCAGAAUUAUAAAAAUGAUUUACAAAAAUAUGAACAGAAUAGACAAAAUUAUGACCAUUUUUUCACGCAGAAUAAUUUUCGAAAAGCCCGCAAAACCAAUUCAAUAAUGGCUAGUUGUAAAAUACCCUUUUUAAAUUUUAUUCCAAAUUCAAACAAAAAUAUAAUUCAAAAUAAUCAAACCGAUUUAAUUCAAAUAGAUAAAAUACCCUCAGAUUUAAUACAAAUUUUGAAUUACAAAAUUCGAAAGUUAGCUAAAAAAAGGGAAUCAACAAUAUUCCCAAUUAUGUCGUAA